AUGAAGUUUUCAAUAGGCGAUCAGAAGAAGAAAUACGAGACAAAGGAGGAUGUCUCUGGAGUGGUGGAGGAAAUGGAGAUGUCUAUGGACGAGCUUGUUGAGGUUGAUCUAUCCGGAAACUAUUUUUCCGAGGAGGCAAUGGAGGAGAUAUGCAAUGUCCUUAGAAAUGUUCGGAAUCUUCGUGUGGUCAAUCUGUCCAGUGCAUUCCUGGGCCUUGACAAGGAGAAGCUGUACUCCAACCUUGUCAUGCUUUCAAAGGCACUUGCUGGCCAUAGAAUGCAAAAGAUCGAUCUGAGCGACAAUGCAAUAAGUUCUGAGUUUCCGCCGGAGCUCGGGGAGCUUAUUUCCUCAUCCACCGAUCUGGUUCACCUGAAGAUGAACAACUGUGGACUUGGGAAGAUUGGAGGAGGCAGGCUUGGGGGAUAUCUUAAGAAGAUAGCUGACAAGACCAAGCUUGAGGUGGUAGACAUUGCACAGAACAGAUUCUUUUCGUUUCCAAAGGAGCUUUCUGAGGCACUCCUGGAGUUCGAGAACAUCAAAGAGCUCCGAAUCCAGUACAACACAAUCGAGGAGGAGACGAUGCUGGCGUUUCUGAAAGCAUUCAGGAGCCACUCUCUCGAGGUGCUUGACAUAAGGGACAACUUCCUAUCGCUGGAGGGGUCGAGAUAUCUAGGGGAUCUCUACUGCGAGUGGAAUCUGAGAGAGCUCAGGACCGGGGACUGCAUGAUGAGCAACGAGGGUGUGAAGAGCUUUCUUAGAAGAGCAAAUGAAAAGUUUGUGCCGAUGCCUCUUCCAGGAGACUACGACACCAGGAGAGGGGGGAUCAUCCUCGACAUAUCGUACAACGAGUUUGAGCAGGAUGCCGUUGAGCUUCUUGUGGACUUCUGCAGAAGGAAUACAAUCAAGGAGCUUGCUGUGUUUGGGAACUACUAUGAAGAUAUAGGCGAGGUUGUCGAGGUUGUCGAGAAGCAGGGGGGAACUGUUGUGACGAAAGAAAGCACAGAUCUAUCCAGCGACUCUGAAGUUGAGAUUGACGAGUCGGUGAUAGAGGGUGUGGCAGAAAUGUAG